AAACAACGACACCAACGUGCUUUUGUUUUUAUUUUUGUAAUUUUUUAUUUUAAUUAAAUUUUUUAUUUAUUUAAUGCAUGUAUAAUGGCACGAAAAUUUAAAAGUAAAAAACAAAAAAAAGUAAAAGACGUAUUUGAACAAAUCUCCAAACGUAACGAAGAGUUAAAAGGAAAAACAAACGAGCCUCCCAAAGAUCCUAAACGUCAAGAUGUGCCACGGAGCUUACGUGAAUUUAUGCAACUAAAAAAGUUAGCUAAACGUAGUCUGAAAAAUAUAAAUCAACCAUAUAUUGAUAUAGGAAAUAGAUUUACAAAAAAUAAUCAAAAAUGUGCAUUUGAGUUAGAAGAAAAACCUGAACAAGUUCAUGUUAUUCGGGAAAGUGGAGUUGUUGCUACUGAAGCUGUAGCUGUUCUGACCUCUAAAGAAAAAUUAUUACAAGCUAAACGAAAAAGACAAUUAAAAACUAAACUAAAAAGAGAUAAAAAAAGAGAGAAAAAAAAGCAAAAACUUGAUGAAGAUACACAAGAUAAAGUAGAACAUGCAACUGAAUAUGUAAAAGACAAUUUUGAAUUUGGUGAAACAGUACAUUGUCCUCCAAAUUUGACUGUAAAACCAAGAAAAGCAGUUAUUAAUCAUUUUGAAAAUAGACCUGGUCGUAAAGAUGACUUGUUCUUAAAGUCCAUGUUAGCAGAUACUGGAAAUUCUGCAAAAACAAAGAAAAUAAGUGAUGUCAUUCUAAAAAAACCUAGUAAAAGUGCGAUUCAACGCAAAGCGUUUACGGGCAAACGCAAAGCAUUGUCUAUAUCUGAUCGGAGGAUAAUAGAAAAAGAAAGAGAUUCGGCCGUGUUAGCAUACAGACAGUUAAAAAAAAAUGUAAAUAAUAAAACUGAAUAAAAUUUGUAAUAUUUAUGUUAAA